UUGAUAUGAAAUUCAAGUUGGUUUUUGUGAAAUCCAGUCUAUAGAUUAAUUUUCGUCUUGCUUAGAGAGAAUGGAUUCUUUUCACGAUGGUAAUUGGAACAUCCUCGAUUACAGUAUAAUUGAGGACGCAGCAUCCACCGAUUUUAUGUGGAACAAUCAGAAUUCUUGCCUCGACUUUGAUGUAUCACUUCCUGGCGCUGUGGCCCAAGAACAAGGGUGCACACGCAAAAGGGGGCGAAGUGAGUCCUGCAACGGGUCAGGCUCUAAAGCUUGCCGUGAGAAGAUGCGGAGGGAUAAGAUGAAUGACAGGUUUUUAGAUUUGAGUUCAGUUUUGGAGCCUGGGAAACCUCCUAAAACUGACAAAUCUGCCAUACUCUGCGAUGCCAUCCGUGUUUUGAAUCAGCUAAAAGCUGAAGCUCAGGAGCUUAAAGAGGCAAAUGAAAAGCUUCAAGAGGACAUAAAAAAUUUAAAGGAAGAGAAGAAUGAGCUUCGUGAAGAGAAGCUUCUACUGAAGGCAGAUAAAGAAAAGAUGGAGCAACAGGUGAAAGCCAUGACUGUUCUACCUGCUGGUUUUGUGCCACCACCCCGAGUUGCCUAUCACGCUGGAGCAAACAAGAUGAUGGCUUUUCCUAGUUAUGGAGGGUUUCCGAUGUGGCAAUGGAUACCUCCAGCUGCCCUUGACACAUCACAAGAUCAUGUGCUCAGGCCUCCUGUUGCCUAGUCAUUUCAAAGGUCACCCUCACUUAUGUCAUUCCCCGUUGAUUAUGCAGAUGUUGGAAACAGUAGCUCUCCUCCUACAUGUAAAUACUUCUGCCAUGCUAAUAUGCCUGAUUUCUAGAUUUGGUUAGGCAAGAAUUUUUGGUGGAACUGGCAAGAGAUGUCCAUCAACUGUUAUUUAAUUCUUCAAUAAAACUGGUCAAUUUCUCUAAUUGUCUCA